AUGGCUUCUGAACCCGUUUUCUUUCAGGACCCGGGGGUCCUCUUCCGUGGCAGCAGAGCGUUCGACAUUGCCCCGUUCUCGGGGGGCAGCUAUGCCGCACAGAUCAACUCGUCGGCCAGGUUCAUGGUCUACGUGAUCACGUGCGUGCUCGCAUAUGCGAUCGAUCCAUUCCUGCUUGGGUUGGUGGCAUGUGCAGGGGUGUACCUGUACGUGCGGCAUCAACAGACGGUGCCUCAUGGCCUUUCAGAAGAGGGGGAGCCCUCCGUGACGAUUGCCCCGGUAUGCCAGCGUCCGACCAUGGAGAACCCCAUGGGAAACUUCCUGAUCAACGAGUACGAGGAGAGACCCGACCGGCCACCCGGUUGCGAUCCGGAGCACGUGAAGGAUGAGAUAGACGCGCAGUUCUAUCAGGGGCUGUACCGUGACCAGACGGACAUCUACGAGAACGCCAACUCGCAGAGGCAGUUUUAUAGGACUCCCGUCACCACCGCCUGCAACGACCAACGAGCUUUUGGAGAGUUUUGUUUCGGCGAGGAGCUGGGUAUGAACUUGAACGGCGCACCUGCCGCACCACCAGGUGCCCCACAAGCGGCGCCUCAGGGAGGUCCGGUCCCGAUGAACAACGCCGCGUGCGCUCCGGAUGAAGUCGAGUUCCCCAUCGGUGGGGGCACCGAGUUGGACCAGCUGUACAGGAGUGAGGACCCUCGGGCGGCACAUGUGCCAGCCGCGCAAAUACCGAGCACUUACAGAGAUCUCCCCAUACACCCUGUUAUGCAGCAGGCUCUAUGGGAGGCUCAUUCAAACAAGGAGCCCGUUCUGACGGACGAGCAGCGGACUGCCCUUCUGGUCAUGGCCCUCUCGAUUGCUGUGGGCUCUCCGUACGUUCAAGGGCGUCUGAGGGAGUUCCUUCCACAGUGGCUCGUGCCCCCUGCAGAGGCCACCACAUGGCCGAGGGCACUGAUGCAAGGCUCUCUCGUGGCUUCAACGUUCUUCCUCCUCAGGCGUUACCUGCUCAAGAAGCAGGGGUAG